CAGUUCAAUUUGCCCUUACUUUAACCUUGCCGAGGCGUCCAUGGAGAAGCGCAGUGGCGGCGUUCGCUUCCUCCGAGGGGACUCCAUUUCCUCCUUCUCUUCGUCGUCGUCGUCGUCGUCAAGAUUGCGAGAGAGAGAGAGAGAUCGAUCAAGGUCUGGUUGGGGGUCUCUCUCGUUUGUAGGUGAUGCAGCAAGAUGACGUGGAGAUCCUCUGAGCUCUGGGGCGGGCGGAGGCCCAGCAAGCACACCUCCGGCCGCACUUGCCACCGGAAGCACGUCGAGGACGGGUAGAUCUGUGUUAUUACAUUCAGUAUCUACCUUCUCCAGCAAGCAAAUUCUAGAUUGUAGUAGAUUGGGAUGGAGGAGGUGGUGGCUGCAUCGCCGGCGACUUCUGUUGAAGGCCGAAGCGUGCUCCAAGGGCGGUACGAGAUAGGGCGGGUCAUCGGGCAGGGCACGUUCGCGAAGGUGCAUCUUGCGAGGAAUCUCCUUACAGGUGAGGGCGUGGCCAUCAAGGUGGUAGGGAAGGAGAAGGUGAUCCAGGUGGGGAUGAUGGAGCAGGUGAAGCGCGAGAUCUCGGCCAUGAAGAUGGUUCGCCACCCUAACAUUGUGGAGCUACACGAGGUGAUGGCGACGCGGUCAAAGAUCUACUUCGCCAUGGAGCUGGUCCGCGGUGGGGAGCUGUUCACCAAGGUGGCCCGAUCCGGUCGCCUCCGCGAGGACGCCGCCCGGCGUUACUUCCGCCAACUCGUCUCCGCCGUUGAUUUCUGUCACGGCCGAGGUGUCUUCCACCGCGACCUCAAGCUGGAGAAUAUCCUUCUCGACGAACAAGGGGAUCUCAAGAUCGCUGAUUUCGGGCUCAGCGCCUUCGCCGAUAACGUCCGACUCGACGGCCUCUUUCACACCGCCUGCGGUACGCCCGCGUACGUCGCUCCUGAGGUGGUCGGUCAAAGGGGCUACGACGGGGCGAAGGCCGACCUCUGGUCCUGCGGCGUCAUCCUCUUCGUCCUCCUAGCUGGAUUCCUCCCCUUUCAGGACGAGAACAUACUCGCUAUGUACAAGAAGAUCCGCCGAGGGGACUUUCGAUGCCCUCCUUGGUUCUCGUCGGACGCCCGACGGCUCGUCACCAAGCUGCUCGACCCGAACCCCAAGACAAGAUUCACCGUCGACCGGCUCACGGGAUCUCCCUGGUUCAAAAAGUCGACGAUUCCCAAAUCAGUAACCGGUACCUCGUGGCCGCCUUCAGCCAACUUAGAAUCGGAGCAUUCCAGCGAUAAAGAACCAGCAAAGAAAGAGGGGAAGGAACCAGAGAGACUAAACGCCUUCCAUCUGAUAUCGUUCUCGGAUGGGUUCGACCUCUCACCCCUCUUCCUCGAAGGAGAGCGAAGGGAGAAGGUCAUGCGCUUCGCCACAAAUGAGCCGGCAAGUGACGUUGCGUCGAGGCUGGAAAAAUUUGCGGCCAGAGCGGCGGCGAAGUGCCGGGUGACGAAGAGCUGCUCGGCGGGAGUGAAGCUGGAGGGCGAGGAACGAGGUCGGAUGGGCAAGCUGACGAUUUCCGUCGACAUAUUCACAGUGGCUCCGCCAGUCCUCGUGGUGGAGGUCAGGAGGGACGGCGGCGACACCGCCGAAUACGAGAAGUUCUGCAGCGACGAACUCCGCCCCGCGCUCCAAGACAUCAUCUUGACUUCAUCAUCCGACCAACUCCAAACUUCUACAUUCUAAUCAUCCUCAAUCAACAUAUGUAACUAAAUUCAUCGUCAAAAUUUGAAAAGCUUGAUGAACGAGAAGCAGCAGCAGGAAAACAUGUUAGAUAGCGACAACUCAGACACUCCCCGUGACAAAUAAUGCAGCGUCCUUGUCUCAAUCCAGGCUCUGUCGACAUCGAUGGGUGGCUGGAAAGAGAUUGGUGAGGAUAUGGAUGAGUAUCAGUUGGAUGCGGAUCCUUUGAAGGCUGAUGCAUUCAGGAAGAGUUCGGUGGAAGCUGACCUUGAAGCUAACUAUCUCAGACUCUCGGUUCGUCGAGAUGUUGGACAUGGAUCAUCGAACCAAGUCGGGAAUGAAAGAUUACAGAAAAUCUGUGCCCUUUCACUAAUUUAAUUUCUGGCUCGAUGAAAUAUUUCUUGUGCAGGUGUAAUUCCUUGUGUAGAUUGUGAUAUUGUGUUGAUGGUGCUCGAGGAUUUCUUUGGAUGGGUUGGUGGAUCAACUGUGAUCCUUAUCGAUAUCCUGUAAUGAUUGAAACUUCUUUCUUAUUUUGAGACAACAUCGAAAAUUCUUCUCGA